AUUAAUCCAGCGCCGUUUUAGUCCCGGUGGCCCAGGGGCUCGCGGGAGGGGAGGGGACGGGAGGGGAGGGGAGAGGAGAGGAGAGUAGAGAAGAGAGGAGAGGAGAGGAGAGACGGUGAGGGGAAAGGGGGGGGGAGAGGAGGAGGAAAAAAUAGGGAAAAGAAGGAAAGGGGAAAGGUAGCGGUGGUGGGAGCGAAGGAGGCGGCGGUUGUUGCAAAGCCGAGGAACGUGAGCCCGAGCAGAGGAGGCGAAGCGCUAAGUCCCGUAGGCGACAGGAGGGAGAAGAAAAAGCUGCCACCAGGAUGAGCCGGGGAGCCUGAGACGCCUGGGCCCACCUCCUUCUCCCUCCCCGUUACUCCUCCAGCUCCCCUUCCUGCUCCUUCGGUUCCUUGAAGAUGAAAGAGACUUUCCAAGGGAAUCGGCCCUGGAGGCCAGCCACCCCUGGAACAUCCCCCAUCUUUCCAUCUCCCCGUCGAGAGCGCCUCCGUUGGCCUCCCCCUCCUAAACCACCAUUAAAGUCAGGUGGGGGGUUUGGGCCAGACACGGGGACCGGGACCACAGUUCCUGCCCAUCGACUCCCUACCCCUCGGCCCUCAUUCGAUGCUUCAGCCAGUGAAGAGGAUAAUGAGGAUGAUGAAGAAGAGGAGGAGGAGGAGGUGGUGGCCUGGGGACUUCCCUCAGGCUGGGGCCCCCUAGGAACACCUCAGCAUCCCCGGCCUUCCCGUCCUCCAUCCCGUAGAGCUUGUUCUCAGCGUCGCCGACGAGCUAUGAGAGCCUUUCGAAUGCUGCUGUACUCUAAGAGCUCCUCCUUGACAUUCCACUGGAAGCUGUGGGGUCGACUGAGGGGCCGGCGGCGAGGCCCUCCACACCCCAAGAACCUCCUCCCUCCCCGGGAAGGAGGAGCAGCCCCUCCUGCCACAUCCCCCAGCUGCAGGCUUGACUCACCAAGAGGACCUCCCCAAGCUGGGCUGGGGCUUUUAGGGGCACUGAUGGCUGAAGAAGGGGUUAGGGGAUCUCCCACAUUGCCCAGUGGGUCAUCUCAGGAGGAAGAUGGACAUGAGUGGACCCAGAGGUCCCCCCAGCCUCUGGAGGGUGAUGCAGGUCUCCUUCCAUGCUCUCUGCCCAAUGGCUUUGGGGGAACCCCUGGACUGGAUGGGGAGCUGGGCCUGGCACCUCCUGAUGCUAGCAUCCUUAUCAGUAAUGUAUGCAGCAUUGGAGACCGAACUGCCCAAGAGCUGUUCCAAGGAUCUGAAUUAGGACCUGCUGAGGAGCGUCCCGGAGAAAAGGCUGGGCAGCACAGCCCCCUUCGGGAGGAGCAUGUGACCUGUGUACAGAGCAUCCUAGAUGAAUUCCUUCAGACCUAUGGCAGCCUCAUUCCUCUUAGCACAGAUGAAGUGGUAGAGAAACUUGAGGACAUUUUCCAGCAAGAGUUCUCCACACCUUCUAGAAAAGGGUUAGUUCAGCAGCUGAUCCAGUCAUACCAGCGUAUGCCAGGCAAUGCUAUGGUGAGAGGCUUUCGUGUGGCCUAUAAGCGGCACGUGCUGACCAUGGAUGACCUGGGGACCUUGUACGGGCAGAACUGGCUUAAUGACCAGGUGAUGAAUAUGUAUGGAGACUUAGUAAUGGACACUGUCCCAGAAAAGGUUCAUUUCUUCAACAGUUUCUUCUAUGAUAAGCUGCGUACCAGGGGUUAUGAUGGUGUGAAAAGGUGGACCAAAAAUGUGGAUAUCUUCAAUAAGGAACUCCUACUGAUCCCUAUCCACCUGGAAGUACACUGGUCACUCAUUUCUGUGGAUGUGAGGCAGCGGACCAUCACUUAUUUUGACUCACAGCGUACCCUCAACCGAAGAUGUCCCAAGCAUAUUGCUAAGUACCUACAGGCUGAGGCAGUGAAGAAGGAUCGGCUAGAUUUCCAUCAAGGCUGGAAGGGUUACUUCAAGAUGAAUGUGGCCAGACAAAAUAAUGACAGUGACUGUGGUGCCUUCGUAUUGCAGUAUUGCAAGUACCUGGCCCUGUCUCAGCCCUUCAGCUUCACACAGCAGGACAUGCCCAAACUUCGUCGGCAGAUCUACAAAGAACUGUGUCACUGCAAACUCACUAUGUGAGCCUUGGACCCCAGGCCCCUGGACCUAUGUGAAGGCUGGAGAACAUCUUUCCUCUCUGACCUGCAAAAACCUAUUCCUUUUUCUCCCUGAACCCUGUGACUCCCUCAUACACCUGUUUGUUUUUCAUAUUUAAAUGUUUUCCUUGGUUUGUUUUUUUUCUUUUAAAGAAUCCCUGUUGAUUUAUGGGGGGUAGGAUUGGCACUGGGAACCCCUUUUCCUUCCUCUGUCCUGAAGGGAGUGUGAGAGGGAAUGAUGAGCCCUUCCCCUUCCAUAUUGAUGGAAACCUGGUGGGUUUGGUGUCUUUUUUUUUUUUUGUGGGGGAGGUCAGGGUGGUGGGUUAAGGGAUUCCUCUAAUGCCAUGCCAUCAAACUUUGCCUGUUUGUUUAUAUACAUAUAUAUGUAUGUGUGUAUGUAUGUGUGUGUGUGUAUGUGUGUGUGUGUGUAUAUAUGUAUGUAUGUAUAUAAACGGUGAUCCUACUCUGGUCAAUAAAGGAUCCUUUGGAGA